CUCAGCUCAAAGGCCAUGACCCAACCGAACCUCACCAGCACACCACUUGCCCUGACACCACACAAGAAUUGUGUCACCGCCGCGAGCCGCAUGCCUUCACCUUCCUCCCGCCAGCCAAGACCUCCUCUCCUGCUCUCUACAAAUGCCAAGGCCGCGCCCUUCCUCCUGCUCGCCACCGCACUCGCCACCACCAACACCCGACAACCCACCAGCAGCAGCCUGCAGCUUAGGAUGGGCGACGCGGCCAUCGCCGCCGUUCGUGAGGAGGAGCACAUCUUCCGGAGCCGGUUCCCGCCGGUGGCCGUGCCGGACGACGUCACGGUGCCCGAGUUCGUGCUAGCGGGCGCCGAGGCGUACGCCGACAAGGUGGCGCUCGUGGAGGCCGGGCCGGGGGGCCGGUCCUACACCUACGGCGAGGUGUGCCGGGACGUGGCGCGGUUCGCGCGGGCGCUGCGGUCGGUGGGCGUGCGCAAGGGCCACGUCGUGGUGGUGGCGCUCCCGAACCUCGCCGUGUACCCGGUGGUGUCGCUCGGGAUCAUGUCCGCGGGCGCGGUCUUCUCCGGCGUGAACCCGCGCGCCGUCGCCGCGGAGAUCAGGAAGCAGGUGGAGGACUCGGAGGCCAAGCUCGUGGUCGCCAACGAGGUGGCCUACGAAAAGGUGAAGGGCGCGGGCGUGCCGGUGAUCGGCGUCGGCGACGUCGAGCGCAUGCCCGGCGCGAUCAGCUGGGACGAGCUCCUCGCCGCCGCGGACCGCACGGGCGCGCCGGUGGUGGCGCUGGACCCCGUGCAGCAGUCGGACCUGUGCGCGCUGCCCUACUCUUCGGGCACCACGGGGGUCUCCAAGGGCGUGAUGCUGAGCCACCGGAACCUGGUGUCCAACCUCUGCACCUCCAUGUUCGCCGUCGGGCAGGAGCUGCUCGGGCAGGUCGUCACGCUGGGCCUCAUGCCCUUCUUCCACAUCUACGGCAUCACCGGCAUCUGCUGCUCGACGCUGCGGCACAAGGGCACGGUGGUGGUCAUGGACCGCUUCGACCUGCGCACCUUCCUGGGCGCGCUGGUGGCGCACCGCGUCAUGUUCGCGCCGCUGGUGCCGCCCGUGAUGCUGGCCAUGGUGAAGAGCCCCGUCGCCGACGAGUUCGACCUCUCCGGCCUCGCCCUCCGGUCCGUCAUGACCGCCGCCGCGCCGCUGGCCCCGGACCUCCUCGCCGCGUUCCAGAACAAGUUCCCGGGGGUGCAGGUGGAGGAGGCGUACGGGCUGACUGAGCACAGCUGCAUCACGCUGACGCACGCCGGCAGCGGCGACCCGCACAAGGGCCCCGUCCAGAUCGCCAAGAAGAACUCGGUCGGGUUCAUCCUGCCCAACCUGGAGGUGAAGUUCAUCGACCCGGACACGGGCCGGUCCCUGCCCAAGAACACGCCCGGGGAGGUCUGCGUCCGAAGCCAGGCCGUGAUGCAGGGCUACUACAGGCAGAAGGAGGAGACGGAGCGCACCAUCGACGGCAAGGGGUGGCUCCACACCGGCGACGUCGGGUACAUCGACGACGACGGCGACGUCUUCAUCGUGGACCGGAUCAAGGAGCUCAUCAAGUACAAGGGCUUCCAGGUUGCUCCUGCCGAGCUGGAGGCCAUUCUCCUGUCCCACCCGUCGGUGGAAGACGCGGCCGUCUUUGGGCUGCCGGACGAGGAGGCCGGCGAGGUCCCGGCGUCGUGCGUGGUGCGGCGGCGCGGCGCGGCGGAGAGCGAGGCUGACAUGAUGGCGUACGUGGCGGCGCGCGUGGCGUCGUACAAGAAGCUCCGGGUGCUGCGGUUCGUGGACGCCAUCCCCAAGUCGGUGUCCGGCAAGAUCCUGCGGAGGCAGCUCCGGGACGAGUUCGUCAAGAACGCCAAGACGGCCGCGGCGUAGGGGGCGAGUGGCCACUGCGCGCGCUUAAAUUUCCCACUUGGACGGAGCUGCGUAUUUAAUCAGAUGAACUACAUUUGUGUACUUGAACAACUAAUGUCCCCUCUCGUGAUUCCACACCUUUCCUUCUCGUGAGAAGAAAAAAUGAUGAAUAGGGAGACCCCACCACUGUUUCUUUUCUACCUCAAUCUGCUGUUUCCCCUUUCUCAUUUCCAUGCCCACACACUGAUCAUUGCAGAAUGUACAAGCACCACUUUUGGUCGGUAACGGACAAGUGCCAACUGCCAUUGCUUGGCCAAGUUUUUCGGUUA